CAACUCUAGUUCUAAUCCCGCCAAAUUUUAGUUUGAAAACAUUAAUAUAUCUAUGAAAAAUAACUAGAGAGGCUUAUUCAUAGUUCUUGAAGGAUUAGAUAAAUGUGGCAAAUCUACAUAAACUGAUUUAUUAUGUGAGGCUCUUGAGGCUAAAAAAAUGUAAUUUCCAGACAGAAGUACUUCAAUGGGAAUGAUCAUUUCAGAUUAUUUAAAAGGAAAAAGAGAUAUUGAUGAUUAGGUGAUACAUCUAUUAUUUUCUGCAAAUAGAUGGGAAACAAAGUAUCAAAUAAAAAAAAAUUAGAAAUAAAAUCAUAGAAACCUUAGAAAAAGGAAUUAACAUAGUCUGUGAUAGAUAUGCUUACUCUGGAGUUGCUUUCUCAUCUGCAAAAGGACUAUCAAUUAACUGGUGUAAAUAAUGUGAUUCAGGAUUGCCGAAACCAGAUAUUGUAAUAUAUUUAAGAGCUCCAAUUAAAUAACUAAAAGAUAGAGGUGAUUUUGGAGCAGAGAGAUAUGAAAAAUAAGAAUUUUAAUCGAAGGUUUAAGAGGUUUUUGAUAAAAUGGCUUAAGAAGAAUAAUUUAAUAUAAUUAAUGCAUUAUAAACAAAAGAAGAAGUAUUUUCAUCAAUCAUGGAACUUGUGAAUGAUUACAAUUAGAAUAUCCAUACUAACACAAUUGAAUAACUUUGGAUUUGAAAUGAG